CCGCGAAAUAAAAACAAACAAAUACGAUAAAAUAGGCAAUGGAGAUGUAUGUAGAAAAAAAACGUUUAAUAGCUUAUUAAUUUUACCGAAAUUUAGACAGUACUAUUUUUUUCCAGACACAUAA